GCAAAAUAAUUCCUGAGAAGGUCUAAAAUGGCUGCUCUGUUAGAAGGGCAACAAUAUGGCCUAUCCGCUCAGGACAAAAUAAAUAGUAAUAAAUCAUUAGUUUUUGUGAAAUUAACUGAUUCGGCAUUGAGAUCAAUAGAGGAAUAUGUGAAAAAUAAGGGGGAUACUAUUUCUAGGCCUACAAUACAAUUUCAAAAUAGCAAUGGGGUGAUACGACUACCCCAGAAUGGUAACUGUCAGACUUAUAGUUUCACUCUUUCAAAUGUUGAAGCCGAUGGACCACAUGGUAGCUUCGAAUGUCUUCGACAGACUGGACACAGGUCUUUAGAGUCAUUAGGGUGUUUGGAUAUGAAAAUGCAUAUCCAUGCUAAUGAAGACAGUUAUGAAAACACAAGAGUGAAAAUGGCAGCUGCUGAACAAGAACACAAAAAGUCUUGCACAAAAGAAAUCAAACCAGCUGGUGCUCAUCUUGGACGGAAAGUUAAAGUAAAGCGACCUGGUUUGGUUUUGUCUUCUGUGAAACCUAAUAGUCCUCCUACAUCUUCAUUAGCCAUAACUAAAAAUCCUGUUAAAGUUGUAAAUAAUGGAUCUGCAGGGAUUUCAAAUAUUUCUCUACCUAAAAAGCCUGACCCUCAAAAAUUUGCCAGAGUAGCCUCAAAAAAUAAAUUUGCCAAUAGUCCUGAGCUUCUGCGACAACCAAUUAGAGAUAGAAUUAUUCACAUAUUAGCUGUUCGUCCCUACAAAAAGCCAGAACUUUUAGUCAGACUUAUGAAUGAGGGAAUUCGGGAGAAAGACCGAAAAGGAAUCGCUGCUGUUAUUUCACAAGUUGGUGUGUUGAAAGGAAAUAUAUAUAAUCUUGCCAAUUAUAUGUGGAAUGAAGUUCAAGAUAAUUGGAAAUUCUGCACUCAAGAGGAAUUAGAUAUUAUUCGAAAGAGGAAGCAACAAAUUCUGAAUGCUAAUAAUGAAAAUGAUGUUCCAUCACCAAAUAAUCAACUUUCCAAUUCACCUACACAGAAACGUCCUGCUUAUGAAAUGACGGGCUCCAAUCAAGAACCUCGUAGUAAAAAGCAAAGGAUUUCCCAUUACAGUCGGCCAGAAGCAGCUUCUCAUAGUGUCAAAACUGAACCCUUAGAGUAUAAUACUAAUGAAAAGUUUCAUUCAACUGUAGCCAUAAAUAGGAAAAGCCAGUGCUCACCCGUAACAAUGCAAUCGAGUUUGAAUGGGUGUUCUCCAGAAAAUGAUUCAGCUCAAAAAUCUCCGGUUGACAUUGCCAGUGACAGUUAUCCAAAUUUAAGUCAAAAAAGUGCUACUAUAAAUUAUACUGAUGACAUGGUGUCAUCCUCUAGUCUGAACCAGAGGAGUUGUACAAGAGAGGACAGUGAAAAAAAUAUUCGUAGCCAUGCAUCUGGUCUAAGUCAGAGGGGAGGCCCCUCCAUGGACACAGAAAAGUCUUUCCGAAAGGAGCAGUUGGCAGCCAAGAAUUCUAGGUUUGAAAUGGACGAUUCGAGCCGACAACGCCCUUCGAGCUUUUAUCCGAAAGGUUAUGUAAAUAAUGGGGAGAAAUCCCAAAACCACCCACAGCUAAGUCAUUCAAGGUCACUAAACCUAAUUUGUAAUCCUACAGCUCAGGUAUCUCCAGAUUCAAAUGGCCACUACCAGGGCAAGGAACUAAAAAAUGAUCCAUGCCCAAAAACUGUUAGUAAUGGGUAUGUUAAUAAUAGUAUUAAAACUAAUUGUAAUAGCCAAUCUUCCUACAUCAAUAGAUCAAAAGUGACUUCCACAACAAAUGGAUCUUGCAGCAACUCCCCUCAUUCAAGUUCUGAUAGUAGGGACAGUAUGGAUUGCAACAGUUCUGAACUUCAAGUUCCACCUCCAACUACCGAGUCUCCUCCUCAGUUCGAUUGUCCAGAUUAUAUGAAAGAAUAUGGUACAAUUGAAUCAAGGGAACAAAGAGCUCGCUAUAAAGCAGAUUUUAAUGCACAGUAUGAAGAAUAUUUGCAUCUGCAUUCAAAAAUUAAGGGUAUUUCAAGAAAAUUUGCACAUUUAGAGCAUAAUUUGCAUACAUGUGAAGAAGGUUCUGAAGACUUUAAGAGGAUUAAAAGCAGGAUAUAUAAAGAAUAUAGAGCUUAUCAACAGGAUCCCAACUACAUUGAUGCUCUGAAAAAAUUUAACUUUUUGCAUUGCAAAUUAUCACAUAUCAAAAGGUUAGUUAUGGAUUAUGACAAUAGUCAAUGUGUAAAGUCCUAGCACUUGUUGCUAAGUAUAUUUUUUUAGAAACCUAUUACCCUGGAUAUGUAAGGAAAAUGGACUAUCUCUGAAACAAUUUUCGUAUGUGUCUGGAAACUUAAGAACGGUUUCUUCUUCUGUCACAUGAUUGUAAACAGUAUUUCUGUGAUUAAUGACAUUGUCAGAAUCAGAAAAUUUACUUAUUUAUUAAUGUCAAAUGACAGAUUUGGCUGCUUUCAUUUCAAGGUGUAAAAUUUUGUCCCACUUGUAUGGAGAAAAAGUUUUAUUAAAACAUUUUAAUAAUUUUUCAAUAUGAAUAAAUGAAACUAAUCGUUUGCAUGAAACUCUAUGUAACAGCUAUGUCUUUUCUUGAUUAGUUCAAACUUGGGAAAAUCAGUAAUGAUUGUUGUAAAAUGCUGUGUUCAUUUUUUAAAAAAAAUUGUAUUCUGUUGCUCGUAAUUGUGUUCAGUUUUUAUUUUAUGCAUUAUGAAAAAAAGAAAACAACAUACCUAAAUAUGAAAGCAUUUCUCUUCCUUUCUACUUAAAAAAGUAAUAAUUUCAACAAAUUAUACUUGCUAUGCUAAGCAUGAAACAUGGAUAUUUUUCUUAGUAGCUGAAGCAAUUCAAUUUACUUUCUGGUCAUUAAGGAAGAAAAACAGCAAAACUCCACUGUACUUUAUACUAAUAUUUGCUAAUUAAUAAAAAGUACUUUAAUUAUAAUUAGUUUACUUCAUAGAAAGCAUUGGUUUGUAACUUCUUAGGUAAAUGGAAAAACUCUUCCAUUCCUUUUCUACCUGGAAAAAAAUAAAUAAAUAAAUAAAUUACUUGAGCAACUAAUCUUUUCAGACUUUUUUUUAACUACAGUCACUACUAUUUUUAACUUUAAUAAUGUGUUACUUUAAUAACUUUAAUAAUGUAAUUUAAUGUGUGGCUUUCCUUUUUAUUUACUAUUUAAAAUUCAGAUUAUUUUUAGUGGAAUAUUCCAAAAAUUGAUCCUCUAAGAACCAUUAAAUAUGUUUACAACAUUUGCAUAAUUAAUUGUGUAGGAUACAAAAGAAGAAAACUUAAUUAUGAAAUUCUUAUUAUAGCAUGGCAAAAUAAUCUGUUUAUUUUCACUGCCACGAAAGCUAUAUUUAUCAUAGCUUGAAGGGAGUUUAUAAAAUAAAUUAAAAAGAGAUGUGUUUUAAGCGAUUUGUUAAAAUUAUAUAGAUUAACAAAUUUUUUUCAUUCUAUCAUUCACAGUUAAUAAAAUUGUGGUUAAAAAAAGUCUGGAAAAUGUGUUUGUAUGUCAUUUGUUUUCUAAGAUUUCCAGUCUAUUCAUGUCAGUGGAUUCUACUUUAUGUAUAUUUGAAGGGUACCAUAUGGAGAUGGAAAAAUCUAAUAAAUAAUUACUUGUCAAGCUCAUUCUUGAUUUCGGAGUGGUGUAAAAUUGAACUUCUGUCUGAAGAUCUAUUUAAAAAAAAAAAAAAUCUUCAUUGAUAGGUUUUGGCAUCGAACAAAAAUUUUUUAUCAUGAAAUUUUGUCAAGUUAAAAAGAAAGUAAAUCUAAUUAUGCUUAAUUAAUGUAAAGGCAAAAUGCCCACUUUAAAUUUUAUUAGUUCUUUUAAUUGCUUUUUCUGCUGUCUGAAUGUUACAGCUGAUUAUAUUUGACAAACAGCAAAUAUGAUAAUUUUUUUAAUGUUAUCAUUAUAUCACUGAUUUACUUUUUUUAAUGGUUUAUUUCUUAGCCAUUAUCAUUCAAAAAUUUUAUUUACCUAGAUUGUCUGAAUAGCAGUGAAGCACUUAAUUAAAAUUAAACUAGCUAAAUUUAUAUUAUAUUGAAAAAUUAUAUAAUAUUUCUGGAGGUAAAUGUCGCAUCAGACCAGAAUUGGGAAUACUCAAUUUUAUGAAAUUAAAAAUGAUUGUACUGUAAUAUAGAUUAUUACAAUCUUACUAUAUCUUGCAUAACACAUAUUCUUAUUGCACUCUGAUCUUAUUUUUAUAAUAUAAUGAGUAAAUUGUUAUUUGAGCAAUUAAAAUCUUCUAAGAGUUUAAUAUAUUACUUGCAAAAGAUAGGUUUCAUAAAUUUCAUUUUAAAGUUAUAUUAUUGCUGUUGUCUUUUAUUACUCAGUAUGAAAUAGGCUUCCACUUAUUCAAAAAGCCAAAAAUACAGCCGAUUUUAGCUGUGCCAUCUCCAUACUUUCAGUCUAAUUUUCAUGUUAGAAUGGCUGCUCUAAAACAGCUUUCAGAAGUAAAACGUUUUUUGAAUAUGUAGAUUUUUAGGGGGGCGAUGAGUAAUUUCAUUGCUUUAAAAAUAGUAUUUACUGUGAGGUUAGAAAUGCAGCUCUCUUUUGGAACUGUUUUCUUGUAAAAUCUAUGAGAAUAAAAUUGAUGUAGAAAGUGAAUGGUUGUAAAUUUCAGCAUUUUUGAAGUUGUAGUGUGUAAUGAAAAUUUCAUUAGAUUUGCAUUAUAACUUAAUUUAUAUCUUAGUGCUGUGAUAAAUAUCUGAGAAAAAGUAUUUAUAUGAUUUCUUCAAACUUGAAAGCUAUCACUGUUUGAAUGAAAACUGCUUGUCAGCAUGAUUUAAAUUACUGCAUUAUGUUUAUCUUAUAACUUUUCAAGUGGUAUGAAAACAUAGUUAUUGCUAUUUUUCACUAUGUUGUUUGAUUCCUAGAAGAAUCUACCAAAAUAAUGUUUGCACAGAAGGGAAAACAGUUUUUCUGUAUGCAAAAUUUGCUAAGGCAAAACAAAAAAGAAAAAAAAAAAAAAAAGAUAUUGCUAUCACGUUGACGACCGGAACGAACCAUUGACUAUGUUAAUGUUUUCUGUGUUUAUCUCUUUUAUCCCAUUAUGUUAUAAUUUCUUCUAUGUUUUAAACAGUCAUCCUUAUAUGAUAUUUGUUUUGCUGUUUGAAAAGAAUUUGUUCAUAUCAGCUUAGCAUCACAUAUUCUAUGCCAUCAAUUGUUGUCUGUUUUAAUGUUAAGUAUCAUUCCAACUUCAAUAUUAUGUUAUGUAGUGGUUUAGGCUCAUAAAAAUUAUAACAAAUCAAUAUUCAUAUAUUUUCAAGUUCCUUAUUUAUCAAAUGCAUAUAUACAUAUUAUAUAUAUAUUCAAAUGCUUUUAAAAUUUCAUGCGCUUUAAUAGGGAGGGAAAAUAAAACCUGACUGUGUAUUCAGCUGUUAUUUUGAACAUUAAUAUAGGUAUGCGCUUUGCGAAAUAAAUUUUUAUUUAUAUAAUAUUCCUUCACAUUAAUUAUUUAAAGUUCCUUUUUUGGGUUUCGAUUGAUAUUUCAAUUGAAUGGUUUGAAGGCUAAUAAUACCAGAAAUAUCUAGUCUUAGUUUUGUAUUCAUUUAAAAUAAUAAGAGAAAUAAAAUAUCAAAGGUCUGUAUGUAUAGAUAGCUAUUGAUUUUAUUAUAUAUAAAUACUACUGAGUUUAAAAAAUGGCUAGAAUUAUGUCGUGAAAAAAAACUUGGACAUGGAAUGAUGCAUUUUGUAUGGUAGAAAUUUUCUCAAGUUAGAAAAAUCUAAAUAUUAGAAAAGCAAAUUGUGUGCAGUUGAAUUUGUGUAUGUUCAAAUUUAGUUUUUAUUCAUUUUGUAAUGUGCAUUUGUUACAGUUUUAAUACUUUUAUUGAUAUAAUUAAAUAUGUAGCAUAUUAUUAUGAGUAAGUGUACUUAAUAGAGUAUUAGAGAAUAUAUAAGAAAUUUAUAUUUCUCCGAUAUUUUAAAAAUGCUUCCUUCUUUUAAAGAUCUUUUGGGUGCAUCUAAAAUCACAUUUCAUUUAUUUACUUUAAAUUGUAAUUUAAUUUUUAAUUAUGGCAUUAUAUUUAACUUGAGAUUUGUUAUGAGUCCUUUGGAUUUAUGCACAUUAAUGGAAUUUGAUACUGAUGUGUAUAUACAUAUUUUAAUUUAGGAGGAAUAUUUUCAAACAUUUCUUUGUGAAAUAAGAAUUUAUUGCUAUUUCAUCAUCUGAAUUUCAUUGCCUUAAUUUAUGCUCCUAAAAUAAAUUAUCUCAGAGCAAAGCUUGAUAAUUUUUAAUAAAGACUAAGAAUAUUGCAGAAACAAAGUUUUUGAUAAAAUUUGUAGUCUUUAAAAGGAAAGGUAGUACUUAAUUUCUUCCUUAGUUCCUCAAUGAAGUUUUUAUUGUUAGAAAAUUUCAGUGCAAUUUUUUUUUUAAUGCAUUUAAGAUUAAGUCCUCAGAAUCUUUACUUUGUUCUGGAGAAUAUAUUGCUACUAAUUCCGUGUCUUUUGGAUAUUAAAUUGCUGCAUAGAAGAAUGUGUCUAAUGAAUGAUUUUUCCCAAAUAAAAUAAUAGUCUAAGAAAAGAUCUUAUCAGUAGAGAAUCAUUUUUUUAAUUACCACAGCAAGUUAUUUUUAAUAGUAUUCUUUAAAUUAUUUAUUUUUUUAUAAAAUACCCAGGGUGUGUUAUGGGUAAGAAGGUGAUUUAUGAUAAAUAACCUGUGGUUUAAAAUAAAUAUUAUAGUUUUAGUGCACAAAUUAAAAGAUUUUUAUUGAAAAAAUAUUAACCAGACUGGUUCUAAAUGGGUGUUAUUUUAUAUGCACUCCACUACUUAGCUUUUCAAAUGUUGCAAGCAUCAUUUGUUUGGUUCUGUUGAAUAAAUUUAUCAAUAAAAACCUUUUCACAAAAACUAGUUAAUAUUGAAUAUUUCAGAUAUUACUUUUGAAGUAAUAAUUCUUUUUAUACUUACUACUAAUGUUUCCCAUGGGUUUAAAUGCAGUGUUAAGAAAUUUAAUUGUAAACUCUAUUAUUUAUAAUUCGUGGGUGUAAGGCAUUUAAUUUUAAAGGAGUAAGUCUUUAUUAUGAUUUAUGUAUGCAGAAGUAUGAAAAUUUAUGCAUAAGUGUUUUUAUAUAUAAUUUCAAUUAAAAAAAAAAAAAAAAAAAAACUAAAUUUUACCAUUGCACAGUAGCAGUUUUAGCACAAGGAAAAAAAUUCUGCAUUUAAACCCUAUUUUAACUUAUUUGUGAUAUGACAUAGAAAUUAUUUUAUAUUUUUUAGAUCAUUUUAUGUUUCAUCCAACAUAAUUUCUGGAUGUAUGUUGUCUGAGCAUAAAAUAUUCAACAGAAUUUUUCUGAAUUUGUAAGGUUGCUUGAGCAAUUAUAGAGUUAAAUAUCACUCCUAUUUAUAUUUUUGGCAGAAUAUCUAUAUAUGUGAUGUAUUUUAGAGAAUAUAUAUAUAUUGCUUAUUCCAAAGAAUGGUGGUAAGAGCAAAAAUUGGUAAUUCAUUUAAAAAUGUGACCUGUAAAUGUAUAAGUAAUUUUUUUAAUUAAUGCUAUUAAAUGAGUUUUCAGUUGAAGUGGCAAUCGAAUUACCUGUUUUAGUUCUGUGGUAGAUUUCAUGGCAGAAGCAGCAUUUACAACUUAUAAUUUUUUGGGAAUCUCAAUGAAGUGAUCUUUAUACGAGUUUACCACAAAUGUAAUCCAGUAUGAAUAGAAUAUUAUCAUACACUUUAUGUGCUUCUGAGUUACUUUAGCUGAACAAUGUACUAUUUGUUGUUGGCAGUAAAGCAACAAGAAUCAGUGUAAUAUUCAUAAAUUUCCAGGACCAGUGAAUGUUGUAUAUUUAAACCUUCCGGAGUAAUCAUGAAAAUUUAUGAAUAUUAUGCUGAUUCUUGUUGCUUUAACUCCUCCAAUAAUCAUUAUCCAGCAUGCUAUUUUAACUCAGAAAUGUAUUAUUUAUCUGAAAUAUAUCAUCAAGUCUUUGAAUUACCAUAGAAAACUGUUAAUAUUUUGCAUUUAUUUGAGUGCUUAACGAUGUAUAAACAGUCAGGUUUGCAUAGCACAUAACAAAGUUUUUGUUUAUGACUUCUGGCUGUUGACAUAUCAAGUGCCAUUACCAGCUUUGCUGGUUGCAAGUAAACUCCAAGAAAAUGUUUGUUAUGCCCAGCAUUCCGCAUUAUUUCAGGGCUCAAAUGGUUGUCUUAAUGCAAAGUACAAUUGUAAUGUUGAUGCAAGUAGAGUUGAGUGUGAACUUCUUGGGAUACUGUUUAAAACCUGAAAUCUUGAUCAUAAUGUGAUCUUAACAACUGUAAAGAAUAAUAACUUAAUCUGAUUUUUUUUUAACUGGCAUUUUUUUCUUUUCUGAAUAGUCUCUGUAUUGGGAUAUCAAACUAUCCUGUGAUUUGAUACUUAUUAAAGCCAGUUUUUUUUUUUUUUUUUUUUUUUUUUUUUUUUUUUUUUUUUUUGUUGUUUGUUUGUUUUAUGUAUACAUGUAUGCAGUUGCUUUUGUAAUUUUCUUCAAGAUUUCAGGUUAAGUGUCCUGAGGGGUGUUUGUGUUUGAUUUGUUUUAUGCAUUGUUGAUGUAUAUUGGUUUGUGUGCCUGAGUCCUCAAGGAUGGCCAUGUUUCUUCAUAGAAUGUGUAUUGGAUGAAAAAUAAAUGACCUGUUGCAUGCA